AUGGAGAAGCCUCCAGAGAUCAAAGAACCAACUGAAGCCGACAUCGGACAAGAUGGAACAGUGAUAUGUCUUCAUUGCGAGACAGUCGUUCAAUUGGGUUCAGUAGGACUCGCAAACUACUUCAAAAGACACAAACCCAGUAAAGCAUGCAAGGUGAAUAAGGAAAAGAAGGUGGCAAAAGAGGCUCUUGCGAAAACCCAGGCCAAAGCAUGCCAGUUUUUUAUGCCCCGAGGAACUGCAGUCCCUGGGCCAUCUGCCUCUGCUGCGAAACUACUCGUCAAGCCUCAGACCUCAAGGCCAGCAACUAUACUCCCAGCCUCGGGCUCGCAGGUGGGACAAGCACCCAUGCCAAUAUUGCCCACCCCCUCCCAGACCCCAUCAUGUCAAAUUUCAUGUCCAAGAGCCGCCACGUUGUUGACAGAGUUGCGCGCACGCAUUGACAGACUCCCAGACACAAUCGAGCUUGCUGGUGAUGAGUGUCCUCUUGCACGGUUCUCUGGAAGCUUCGAGGGGUCAGUUCCUGAGGGCGAGGAUGCUUGGGAGGUGUGGAAUCGACCUCUAGACACAGAGCUUCAGAAAUCACAAGUAGAAAUGAUGAUGUUAGUCAAAUGGGGGGCAAAAGGAUUGGAUGUGAUUUACGGAUUAUUUGAAUAUCUAGCCUCCGCGCACAAUAUUCCAGGAGCUCUUUUUGAAGGGAAAGUGGGGAGGCUGUUGCAGGCAAUUGACGAUGUAUCUCCGCAGUCUCCCAUCCCACCAACCAUGAAAUCCAAUAUGUGUGUCAUUCUGGAUGAACCUACAUCGGGAGUAAAACCUGUCAGUUGGUGUACAUCACCAAUCAAUGUCGACACACUACCAGAUGAAAUGGAUGCUCUAGAUGUUGAUGCCUUGCCUAACGUGUUGCCGAUGGCCAUGGAUGGUCCCAGAAAUCAAGAAGUCUAUCGCAAAGGACCACCACUAGGCAAAUACCCAUGUCCCGGGGUGCAUGUUGAAAUCCCUGAGGGAAAGUCCACUCAUUCGGCGUACCCAUUUGGUCUCCAUGAUGAACUUGGGGAUCCUUGGGACUAUUCGGUACAGAGAGGACAGUUAACACUGCACGCAAGAAGCUGCAAAAAUCUGUUGACCCACCAAAAGCAGUGCAAUGGGUGUUAUCUGCUGUCAAGCGAUUCUCGCCUGCAGGGAAUUCUCGACCGAAUGAACAAAGGCGUUCAUGAAAAUGCACACCUGGUAUACCAUAGUGUUGGUGGUCUGGUCAGCAUCGUGCGGAGAAAGGCAGAGGAAAUCAAGACCUUGAAACUUUGCAGAUUGAAUGAUGCUGAGAAAUUGGCAGGGAGGGCAGUGGCGAUAGACGAACUGAAGCAGUGGGUAAUGGCAGUGGGUAGCAGAAAGGUGGAGUGGGUCGACUGUCUUGUUCGAGUGAACCUUGCACGCAAAGGUGGAAUGCAUGGCCUGCUGAAUCUGUAUGAGCGCGCAGCUCAGAAACUUUACCGUCCGCGCAAUUAUACUGAAGAAGAUUACUUACGAGGGCUGCUCCUGUGGCGACUAGGGGGCGCUCGGCUUGCUGGAAUUGGUCACAGUGCACUCAACCUCCCAUCCAAAAGCAGUCUUCAUCAGCAGAAAGUUCUUCCUCUGCUCGUCAUUUCUCCCUCCUUUCCAACAGCUCAGGAGGUCAAGGAAAACGUCAAGAAUAUGUUCACGCCAAUUUUCUCUGUGCUGGAGGCUGCCGAAGAUAUCGUUCAUCAAGUGCUCAUGCUUGAUGAGCUGAAGGUUGAAGAGCGACCGCAGUACGAUGAGAAGUCGAACAAGAUAGUGGGAAUUUGCCAUGAACACGCCAAGAAUACAAGCCUAGAGUAUGCCUCUGAGCAGGAGGUCCAACUGUUACUUGAAAGUGUGAAGAAGGGAGACAUUCAUCUUGCUGUUGAUGUGACUGUCGGCGCAAUCAGUGUUCUCAGCUCUGACACUCGCCUGUAUGGUGCUCGAGGAAUCCUGGUUUCUGGUGAUUGCAAGCAGGAGUCAGGCCUGGAACAUGUUCAACUAAUAAAAACUGCUUUUGAUGCCAGUCGGAAAACUCGCGUAUGCACUGUUAGCAUCGCAUCUGACGGAGAAUCAAGACGCGGACUUGCCUUAGUCCAAUUUACUUUCAAGAAAAAGCUCAGCCCGGAUUCUCCGAUCUACGACCAACUCACAUGCUUGCCCUUGAUGAAUCUUGAAGUGGGCGACGACGAUGUAACUGCCAACAAAGAUUAUAAACACAUUUUCAAACACAUUCGGAACCUCGUCCUUCGUGACGCUGGCUUAUGGUCGCUUGGCCAUCAUCUCAAGCCACCAGUUUUUCGAGCACACAUGCAUGCUCAAGGAGUCACCAUGCAGCGCACUGCCUAUCUAUUAAAUCUGGAAGACAGGCAAGAUGUCAAACUUGCGUAUGAUCUACUUCACGAAAUUUGGUCACUUUCCAAAGUGCCUUCUGGAAGUUUUGUUGGCUUUCAAUCAAACAGAGCCUCAAUGCGAAUUUUGGGAAGUCUUUUCCAAUGCCUGGUUAUGCCAUACAUCUGCAUUGACCUGACAUUGACUAGGCAACUCACCCACCUCAGUGUGGCAGCACACAUCCUGAUGGCUCUCUGGAGCAAUGACAAGGCCGGAACGAAGCUCAUGCUCACCCAGCUUUACGUCGACAUUAUGAUUAUGAUCAAGAAUGUGUAUUUCUGCGUCGCGAAGGCCAAGGUCGACAGUCCGACAGGAAAAUUCUAUCUUAUCUUAUUGGGAACUGAUCGGCUUGAGACGCUGUUUGGGAUCUUACGCACCAUGGUCGGAAACGAUGCAAAUCUCGAUAUUCUUCAAUUGGGCCAACAUUUGACAGGGACAACAGAAGUAUCAACUAUUCUCGCAAAGUAUCCCCACUGGGAUCGUGCUCCUCGCCGUCUUAAACUGCCCGUUGUUUCUCAAGAGGGAUCUGUCAUGCACAAAGGAGUUGACCAUAUCAGACCAUCGACAUGGUUGGGUGAUGUUUUUGUUGCCAACAUUGUUUUUCAGACAUGCUGGAGGCUAGGACGAGAGGAAGCCAAGAAGGACUACCCAGUCAUUGCACCUAUCCUCGAGUCUAUCCAAAUUCAACCUGGCAGAGACAUUUUCUCGCCUCUGGGAAAGGAUCUCGUAAAGGCGGCACAUGCAGACGACGAUAUUGACGACACAUAUGAUGAUACACCUACCAGUAUUGCAGAUUCGACAGCGCCCUCCCUUGGACAUGAACUCGAAGAUGCCAUUGCUGAAGAAGAGCCUAUUGAGGUCGAAAAACACAAGCCCUUUUUUGAGAUGGAUGGUGUUCAAGUCUCCAAAGCCAAGUACCUUAGUCGAGCAUUUGAAAUGCUGAAGAAGGUUGGAUCCACCGAUCGACUAAAGCGUGUUGCUAAUGCCGCAACCAUCUGGGAAUGGACAUGCCGGUUGCAUCAAUCCUCAAAUGCGAGGACAGUAUCUUCGUAUGUGUUGGUGAAGUCAAUGACAUUGUUGUCAAUGGCUCGAGUGUGGAUGAGAUCAGCCUCAAUUCUCUCAGACGACCCCGAGUCCAAGCAUGAUUGGCGAGGAUCAAUGCGACGAGGAGUCUUGUUCAAAGUCUCUGGCCAUCUAAUUCAGCCGAUCGACCCUGGUGUUUCAACACACAUUCCCCAUCAGCCCUAUUAUCUUCUCGAAAGUGACGUGUUACUGUCUGCUGGUGCAUCUCUGCUUGAACGGGUUGCCUGCAUGUCAUCCGAGUCUUCGGUCUUGGUUCCUACCAUCAAGAAAUCAGCAGAUUUCCCAUAUCGAGAACAAACAGGACAAGCGUGCUUCCUAUGUGAGAACGAAGAUGCCGAGAGGCAUUUUACCAAGAAAAAUCAAUGCAGCGUAUGCACGCCAGCAGUUUUCUUCAAGGAUAAGACCCCAGCUCAUCGUGUCCUCAAACACAAUGCCGCUCACAUGCUAUUUGAUUCCCAUCUGAAGCAGAGUGAUGAGCUGUGUGGCCUCUGCUUAUGCCCUGCACCAAUCAAUAUGAAGAAGUCUUCUUGUGCCAAUAUGUUGGGCUUUUCUUACUCCGUCGCUGAGGAAUCAACACAAACAGCCCCAUGCUCUAAUGUCCCUAUUCGAUGUCCUAUAUGCCCGAGAACAUACACUACCCCUGUACUUUGGCAGCUGAACCUGGAGCAACACAUGAAGUCUCGUCACCAUGAAGUCGUCAAUCUCAUCCCGUAUGAGCACCUUUGGAAGAUAUCAGAAGCCGAGAAGGUUCAGCUUAAGGCUAGCUGGAAUGACCGCCACAAAGAAAAGUGUUCCUGCAAGUCUCAAAAGGCGGCUAGUGACUCAUUGAUAAUCUCCGAGACGCACAGUUCUCGUUUAGUAUUUCGUAGUCUUGAUAACGAGGACUCUUUCGCAGAAUCACAGUCAAUUGAUGAAGACGCUGGACCGGCAGUGGUAGGGGCCAGGCAACAAUUGACCUCCCAAAGUGUUCCAUGUUCCAGCGAUGACGAGAGUGACCCAGGGGACAUGGACAAUGAUGACGACGAGAGUAGUGAUGAUGAGGGAGCUGCUGAUCACGUUGAUGGUGGCAAAGGUGACGUUGAGGGGGAAGGGAAUGUGAUGACCAAUGGUGAAGAAGUUUUCGAGCCAGAUCCGCCUAACACACAGACACUACCAGACACUGAACUGGUGAGUAGUCUAAUGGUCAGUACUGGGGGUUUGGCAACCAGGCAAGAUGGAACCACAGUCGACGCUGCCAUCGAGACACAAACUGGUGUUGAUUCAAUCUAUGGAAGAACUGUCAGUGUCACAACAGAGACCGAAACCAGGCAUGAAACCCAUGAUACGUCGACCACUACUCAAACCGUUUUAUCUCCCAUGUCCGUCGAGGUUGACACUGCGCCGAAGGAGACCAGCUCGCAGGGACGGCUCAGAAAUGUCCCCAAGCGAAAGUUUAUCGGCGAAUGUGUAUGCGGUGGCCCGGUGACAGCUGAUGAGAUGGACGACGAAGACAAAUCGAUCUGGUGCAAACAGAAAGGGUGUGAAACAAAUUGGGUGAGUAAUUCAGAAUACAUCUACCAGCAGAGAACUUACAGUUUAUAA